GAGAGAUAUUUGAAAUAUUUGGAAAGGGGUGUUGUUGUGAAGAGGGCUUUGCAUGGGAAAUGAUUGUUUACUAGAUUAGAUAGAAAGGGGCAAAGGCGAAAGGGAGGACUGAGCUAUGGUGAGAGCGUCUUCGUCGUGAGCUUUGCGCCGUCAGCUGCUGCGUUGCCGCUGGAGCUCCCGCGGUGUCGAACCCUUCGCACCGCCGAACCGCUCAAUUCCCCCUCCCCUGUUUCCCGAUUCAUCCCCUUUGUUGUUGAUCCAUCUCGGUGUGAAUUUCUAUGCAGAUCCACAAGCUCAACAACUCACUUCGUAUUACGAUUCUCGCGUCCGGUCCACUACAUCUUACGUUGUAAUCACUUCAUUGUUGCUGCUGCUGCCGCUGCUGCUUGUAGCUCUCGUGGUCAUGGCGACCACGAUGGCUGCAAUGGCUGCUGCUCCACGUCCCUUGUUUUUGUGGCAGCAUCUAGGAUCUAAUUCUCAACCUGGAUCGCUGCAGGGCUUGCGCUGCCGCCUGCCUCGCUUGGCAACUGGGCUGUCUCCUCGCCCGUCUCCUUGCCUGCUGGUUGCCACUCGAGCUUCUAGUGUGGACGAUGGAUCCGAGCCUGCUCCCAAGAGCUACUCGGUGUCCGAGGAACUGCAGGAGGUGUAUUAUUUGGCAGACGAUUAUGAGGAUACGCCUGCUGGAGCAUGUGAUCCAUUGUGCUCGGUCGAUGAGAUGAGCUCUGUGGAGUUUGAAGCCAGCUACAAGCCGAAUUCGGAUUUUACCAAGGCGGUUGUAAUUGCUGGGUCUAUGCUUGCUGGUGCUGCAAUUAUCAAUCAUUCUUGGGUGGCUGAAAAUCAGAACCUCGCUAUGUCAGCGGUGUUUGGACUUGGAUAUCUCGGAAUCAUAUUCGAAGAGUCUCUAGCGUUCAACAAGAGUGGAGUAGGGCUCCUAAUGGCAGUGGCCCUAUGGGUGAUUCGAAGCAUUGGGGCCCCUUCUACGGAGGUAGCAUCAGAACAGUUGACACAUUCCUGUUCUGAGGUUAGCGAAAUCGUGUUCUUCUUACUGGGUGCCAUGACCAUUGUGGAAAUUAUCGACGCACAUCAAGGAUUUAAGAUUGUCACUGAUUCCAUCACAACGCGAAAGCCACGCCUGCUUCUUUGGGUGGUUGGUGUGAUUACCUUCCUCCUCAGUUCGGUGUUGGAUAAUCUGACAUCUACCAUCGUGAUGGUAUCACUGCUGCGCAAGUUGGUCAAUGAUCCUGAGCAACGCAGAUUUCUAGGAGCAGUGGUGGUGAUUGCAGCCAAUUCAGGUGGUGCAUGGACACCUAUUGGGGAUGUUACUACCACCAUGCUGUGGAUUCAUGGCCAUAUUUCUUCAGCACGGACGAUACAGGACCUCUUUAUUCCCUCAGCAAUUUCGCUAAUUGUUCCACUUACUCUGAUGUCUUUUAGCAGAGAUGCAGAGAGUAAUUCGCAGGUUUCUUCACCAGCUUUGACAUCAGAGCAGAUGGCUCCGAGAGGACAGCUUGUGUUUGGAGUAGGAAUUGGGGCCCUCUUGUUUGUGCCAGUCUUUAAGUCUCUGACUGGUCUGCCCCCCUUCCUUGGGAUGCUUCUAGGCUUGGGGACAUUGUGGCUCCUAACUGAUGCUAUACACUACGGUGAAACUGGCCGACAGCAAUUGAAAGUACCACAGGCUCUUUCACGGAUUGACACGCAAGGUGUCCUGUUCUUUCUCGGCAUCCUUCUUUCAGUUGGAAGCUUGCAAUCAGCGGGGAUAUUGCAGGACCUAGCUCAGUAUUUGAACGACCAUAUCCCAAGUGUGGAGCUGAUUGCGGGCGCAAUUGGGUUGGUAUCAGCUGUUAUUGAUAAUGUACCUAUUGUAGCUGCGACAAUGGGAAUGUACUCCACCGAGCAGUUCCCCGUAGAUUCAGAGCUUUGGCAGCUCAUAGCUUAUUGUGCUGGAACUGGUGGUUCUAUUCUUGUCAUUGGCUCUGCUGCGGGUGUGGCCUACAUGGGCAUGGAAAAAGCUGACUUCUUAUGGUAUCUAAAAAAGGUGAGUGGGUAUGCAUUCGCUGGAUACGUUGCAGGCAUCGGUGCCUACUUAGCAGCAUUACAAUUUCAUGGUCCGAUCUUGGCCAACGUCUCUACGAGCCCCCCAGGUCUUCCAGGGCUGUAGUUCAUACCAAUUAUGUAAAGUUCUGGAUUGCGAGCGUUAUGGCAGUCUAGAUAGCGAGUUUAAGGAAGUCCGCAAAUGGCACUUAUUCAUGUAAACAUAGCAAAACAGAGGAAGAUGCAGAGCUCCUUUUCUGUAACAAAUUAAUAGAAAUAAUUAUGUCAAGCGUAUACCUAGUGACAUGACCACAUCAAAUAUCUAUUUAAGUAAUGCGCUGUAGAGAUUACUUCCUGCUGUUGUAGUGGGCACUAUUUCUUCAAUCCUCUGCGUCUUUUUGGAUUGAAGAAUAUGCCCCUCUUCCAGAAGCGGAUGUGUGAAUACUGGAGUUCCAUGAAUUUCUUUCUAUUCAUGUCCGUUUAGGAAAAUCCUUUGAACCCUGUUGUGGAGACAUUUUUGGGAGGCCAUGCGAACAAGAUAAUUCUGGAUUAGUUUUGUUAA